AUGGGGGAUAUGGACCUGAUUGAGUAUGCAGCCAAGAUUCUACAAACAAGAUCAGAUGAGUCAAGGUUAUGCUAUGCUAUUCCCUGUGGUGGGGAUGAAUUUGAGGUCAGAGACCAACAUGUCCAUUUUCCCAUCAAGCUGAGCACUGGCAUAUGUGGUUGUAAGAAAUGGCAGCAUUCUGGACUUCCAUGCAAACAUGUGCUGAGGGUCAUAUACCACCAGAGGCUGCAACCAACAGACUUUGUAGCCCCCUGUUUCAAAGGGAAGGCAUACAAGCUCACUUAUGCAGAGCAUAUGCACCCUAUGUCUGACCUAUCACAAUGGCCAUCAGGGAACCUACCUGACAUAUUGCCCCCUUUGGUGAAAAGAGCUGCAGGGAGACCAAAGAAGCAAAGACAAAGAGGGCCAAAUGAAUCUAGGAGAGGGAAGAGGCAUGCAACAGUAAAGUGCAGCUUAUGCAGUGAGUUGGGACACAACAAGGUCACUUGUUCAUCAAGGAAGAAAAGGGCUGCAACUGAAGCAAGCACAUCAGCCACCACCUCUCAAGCCAACAACAGAAAAAAGAAAGCAGCAUGA